AUGAAGGGCCUUGUUUUCCUCUGCAGCAUGCUGGCCACCACGGCCACGGCGCACAUGCAAAUGAGCAAGCCGUACCCCAUCCGCAGUCCGCUGAACAAGGAUGCCAAGGGCAAGAAGGACUACUCAUACACCAACCCGCUCCAGCCCUCGGGCAAGGAUUACCCGUGCAAAGGGUACGCGAAGGACGACUUCGACUCGCAGGCCACCUACUCGCCUGGUCAGUCGUACGAGAUGGAGCUUGCCGGCAGUGCCACGCACGACGGCGGUUCCUGCCAGAUUUCUCUGACCUACGAUAAAGGCGAGACCUUCCAUGUCAUCGAGUCGAUGCUGGGCGACUGCCCCAAGGCCAAGAAGUACAAGUUCCAGGUCCCUCAAGACGCGCCCUCGGGCGAGGCCCUCCUGGCCUGGACUUGGUUCAACAAGGUUGGCAACCGCGAGAUGUACAUGAACUGCGCCAUGGUCACUAUCGGUGGCGGCUCUGACCGCACCGACACCAACUCGACCGAGACCAUCAACAAACCCAGCAAGGAGAACCACGCCCAAGGCAAGGACCGCGAGAUGAAACCUGCCGACAAGAAGGCCGAUGGCUUCAAGAGCCUGCCCGAGCUGUUCGUCGCCAACGUUGACCAGAAGGGCAAAUGUGUCACCAUUGAAGGCGAGGCUGUCAACUUCCCGGAGCCCGGCCCCAACGUCAUCGGAAAGGCCGACGGCAAGGGCUACAAGUGUGAUAGCAACGCUCCCUUCCUGGGCAGCGGCUCUUCUAAGAAUGCCAGCAACACCGACAAGCACAUGUCCAAGAUCGCGCAGAGCUUCGGCACUGCCACGUCCGAGUCUCGCACUCAGUCCAAGGAGGCCUCCACCAACAACGAGUUCAGCAGCUACGUUGACGGCUGGUACUGCCAGUCGGGCGAGAUCCUCUGCGCUCCCGAUGGCUGGACCUGGGCUAUGUGCUCUAACGGUCGCCCUGUCUUCAUGGGCUCCGUUGCUGCUGGCACCACGUGCCGUCUCGGCCAGAUUGUGCGCGCGUAUUACUAG